CAGAAUCAUCAUGGCGGAGCCGCGAGACAAGGCGCUGCAGGACUACCGCAAGAAGCUGCUGGAGCACAAGGAGAUCGACGGGCGCCUCAAGGAGCUGAGGGAGCAGCUGAAGGAGCUGACCAAGCAGUAUGAAAAAUCUGAGAAUGACCUCAAGGCUCUGCAAAGCGUUGGCCAGAUCGUCGGUGAGGUUCUGAAACAGUUAACGGAAGAGAAGUUCAUUGUCAAAGCCACAAACGGACCAAGAUACGUUGUUGGCUGUCGGCGUCAGCUCGAUAAAAGUAAGCUGAAGCCAGGGACGAGAGUCGCCCUGGACAUGACCACGCUGACCAUUAUGAGAUAUUUGCCAAGGGAAGUCGAUCCGUUGGUUUACAACAUGUCUCACGAAGAUCCCGGGAAUGUCUCUUAUUCUGAGAUUGGAGGACUAUCGGAACAAAUCCGGGAACUAAGAGAGGUCAUAGAAUUACCUCUGACAAACCCAGAGUUGUUCCAACGAGUGGGGAUCAUCCCGCCCAAAGGCUGCUUGCUGUAUGGCCCACCAGGUACAGGGAAAACUCUCCUGGCUAGAGCUGUCGCCAGCCAGCUGGACUGCAAUUUCUUAAAGGUGGUGUCCAGUUCCAUUGUGGACAAAUACAUCGGCGAAAGUGCUCGGCUGAUCCGGGAGAUGUUCAACUACGCCAGGGACCAUCAGCCUUGCAUCAUUUUCAUGGAUGAAAUUGACGCCAUCGGUGGCCGUCGUUUCUCUGAGGGGACUUCAGCUGAUAGAGAAAUUCAGAGAACUCUAAUGGAGUUGUUGAACCAGAUGGAUGGAUUUGACACUCUGCACAGAGUUAAGAUGAUAAUGGCGACAAACAGGCCCGACACUCUGGAUCCGGCGUUGUUGCGUCCCGGGAGAUUGGAUAGGAAAAUUCAUAUUGACUUGCCAAACGAACAAGCCAGAUUAGACAUACUGAAGAUUCACGCUGGGCCUAUAACUAAGCAUGGUGAAAUAGAUUACGAAGCAAUUGUGAAGCUCUCUGAUGGCUUUAACGGUGCUGAUCUGAGAAACGUCUGCACUGAAGCAGGCAUGUUUGCGAUUCGAGCAGACCAUGACUUCGUGGUUCAAGAAGACUUCAUGAAGGCGGUGAGGAAAGUUGCAGAUUCCAAGAAACUGGAGUCGAAGCUGGAUUACAAGCCAGUGUAAACGUCGCCGGGCGUC